AUGAAUUUUUUGCUUAUUCUAGCUGCUCUGGUAAAUCUCGCUUUUUCACAAGGAGAAGCGAGUAACUGGAUGAACAUGCUUGACUACGAAGACCCAAGAGGUAGCGAUCCGCUGAUGGACGCGAUGAACAUGUACAGUGAAGAUCACAUUCCUGCUGUCUACGAGAAACGCUCGAAAUGGAUGCGAAACCGAAUGCGACCUGCAAGGCAUUAG